AUGGCGUCGCACGGAGAAGAUGCGGGUUCCCUCAAGUCUCCUGUUUCUGGGGAACAAGAAGAGAGAAAAACGUUGUCGUUUGGUUUUACUAAAACAGUUAGCAAGUUUAAACCUUCGACUGGUGACGCUGCGAUCAAGAAAGAUGAUAAAGAUUACCUGACUGGGAUAGAUGGAAAAGAAUUACAAAGUUCAAAACCAUCCGAGAAGCCGAAGGAGCUCAUCAUUCCUCUGAUCCAGAAGAACCGCUGGCACCGACCGGACCGAGCGGGAAAGAGCGAGCCGAGCGGAGCUAAAACACAGGAGACAAGCCAAGACGGUGACUCUGUGGACGCUCAGGCUGUCAAGGAACUCAUUGAAGACUCCAGGAGGCAGCUUGAGCAAUGGCAGAAUGGCUCUCAGUCAGAAACCAACCUGAACCUCGCCAUCCCCCUGUUGAUGCAAAACAAAGUUCCUGAGGGCUUUGAGGAUGGAGACCACGUGAAGGUGGAUCUACGUCCAGAAUCUUCGACAGAGGCAGAUUAUGAGAGCGUUCCUGUCGAGGCUUAUGGACUUGCUAUGCUUAAAGGGAUGGGCUGGAGUAAAGAGGAGGGCAUCGGACGCACAUUUAAACAACAUGUGAAGCCAAUCGAACACCAGCUCCGUCCAAAAGGUUUGGGUCUUGGAGCCGAUCGUUCAGCAAUAAAGGAUCUGGAGCCCGACAGACAUAAACGACCCCCCAAGCCAGGCGAGGAGCGAGAGAAGGAGGAGGAACUGGUGAUGGGUCCAGGCGGUUGUGUGCUGGUGGUGUCAGGGCCACAUAAAGACCUGUAUGGCAAGAUUGAAGGCGUCGAUGCAGAUAACGCUCGAGUUGUGGUGAAGCUGGCGAUCGGCAGCAAGUCGGCCACAAUCAGCCAGUACGCUGUUAAACUGGUCGGGCGGAAGGAGUAUGACAAAAACAGCAAAGACCUCA